AUGGUUAGUUCAAUGGAGAAGCCUGGUUCAUGGGACCUUGCCUGUCUUCUGAUCAGCACCUCGCGGUUCAAUCGAUAUAUGCCCUACUACACGAUGAUGGCCGCUGUAUGGUCUACCUUAAUUGCUGGCGCUUUGAAGUUGCAAGACGAUCCCGCCAGUCUCUCCGUCGAGUACAUCUUCUUCAAAGCCGGCCUGUGCUUUGUUCACUGCUUGUUACUAUGCGGUGCUGGGAACACAUGGAACGACCUGAUAGACCGUGAUAUUGACGCCAGGGUGGAAAGGACAAAAAUGCGGCCGUUGGCAUCUGGAAAAGUCUCAACCGUCGAGGCCCUAGUAUGGAUGGUCGGUCAGUAUUUUCUGUCGGUGAAAAUGCUACACUUGAUAUUGGAUAACAGAAGCAUAUGGGGCCUAAUGCUGCCUUUGACAGCCAGUAUCAUGCUGUAUCCCUACUUGAAACGACCCGUAUUCAGCAGAGUCUUCAUCUACCCCCAGUAUAUCCUUGGCUUGGCCGUCGCCUACCCAUCGAUAACAGGUUGGGCCUCAAUCAACGGGCAAGAGCAGUCCAUGUCUGAGAUCUUCACACAUUGCACCCCGAUCUGCCUUCUCAUAUUCUUCUGGUGCCUCUAUUUCAACACCGCCUACAGUCACCAGGACAGCGUCGACGACCGGAAGAUGAAUAUCAAUUCUGCCUAUGUGGUCGCGGGGCAACGCAUCCGGUUAUUCCUCGCCUUCCUGGGUGCUCUACCACUCGCGGUGAUUCCGUAUGUUGUGUUGAAAAUCAACUCUCCCUGGCUGUGGUUCUCUUGGAUGGCGGUUUGGACCGUUUCUAUUGUGAUGCAGAUUGUUCGGUUCGAUUCGAAGAAGCUUGAAAGUGGCGGGCGUAUUCAUUGGGACAACUUUCUUUUGGGACUGUGGACUACCGUUGCUUGCAUAGUCGAGGUCGGUCUGCAGAAAGUAGAGUUCUGGAACAUAAUCUAA